UUUGAAUUUCACUGGGAGACACAGCAGACUUGAUUCCAGCUGCCAAGGAGGGAGAUUUCAAGACACUGUAUAUGAAGAUGUGAGCAAUUUUAAGCUUUUCUGACGGAUUCAGACUCACUACACAACAGGAUUUUUCAAAUUCACACCACACUGCGGCCAGUGACUUCAGAGCAGUAGCUGUGGUAGAAAGUGAGCUGAGGUAAGAGCUGAGGUCUGGAUGCUUCCUGAUUGCUUGAGCAUGAACAGAGUUAGGAGCUGAAGCAUCAUUUUCUUCUCCAGUACAGGGAGACCGCACGCCCGGCACGAGGCUCCUUGCUCCUCCCCUCUUUCACUCUGCCUUUUUCCUGGGCUCCUGUCCAGAGUAACACUGACUCCAGUGGACCCAAGAGGGGGAACUGAAGACACCAUACUGCAUCUCCAGCGCUACCUGUUUGCCAAAAGGGGCAGACUGGGAUUUCAAGAAUCAGCAGCUUCAUCUCCUUUGUUUUCUUUUUUUACUGUUUAGUCAUCAGAUUACUGAAAGUGGAUUGAAAUUGUGAAAGGAGAGAGAUUAAUAAACAGAAGGACGGACAUAUGGACAGAGAGCAGUGAGCACUGCGGCGUGAAUGUAGCAACUGGACUUCUCCCUGGUUACUAAGACCAAACAAGGAUAAUAGCCAAAGCACUAUCCUUUCCUCUAAGGUAGUGGGUGGAUGCAGCUUUCAGCAGUCCCCAGCUAUAGGGGAAAGCAACAACUGCAUAGAUGCUGCUGGGAUUAAUCUGUUAUAUCUAUGCUGUGGUGCAUCCUUAGAAAUGUUGCCUUAACGCAGAGUGUCAUUGGAUGCUGAAGACUGUCCAAUGUUAGACAGCGCCUGCUGGAAGUCAGUGCAAGGACCUGUGGAUUUUUUCCUUUUUCAUGGACUUUGUUGCUCCUGCUGAGCGGACUUACAUGUUGUUUCCCCUAGACGAGUAAACAAUGUGUGUCAUGAUCGCAGGAUGCAGAAGGAUUUCAAAUCUGUCACCCAUGCUGCUGUAUAUGAUUCUGCUUGGCAUGACUCACACAGCAUACAGCAUCCACCCUAGGAUACGGCUCUCCCAUAAAGAGCUUUGGCAGAUGAACAGGACCCGGGUGUUCCAGGGACAUGGCACUCAUCUUCAGCCUCAGACCAUGCUACUGGAUGAGAGCCACCAGAGGCUUUAUGUCGGUGCCAAGAAUGCUCUGUUCUCCCUUAGCCUGGACAGGGUUAACACGAACCACAGAAAGAUCUCCUGGAGCAGUACAGAGGCACAGAUAGAGGACUGUAUGAUGAAGGGGAGGGAAAAGUCAGAAUGUGCAAACUAUAUCAAGGUCUUGCAGCAGUACAACCAAACCCAUUUAUUGGCCUGUGGAACAGGAGCUUUCAACCCCGUCUGUGUGAUGGUCAGUGUGGGACACACAAGUCAGGACGUGAUGUUUGCUCUUGAGGAGGGGAGUGUCAUAAGUGGCAGAGGACGUUGUCCAUAUGACCCCAACAGUUCCUGCACAUCUACACUCUCCAGAGGAGAGCUCUACAUUGGCCUGUACACCGACUACUGGGAGAAUGAUGGCGCUUUGUGUCGACUGAAUGAUCAAACUUACACGCGGACUGAAAGAAAUGACAGGCAGCAGCUCAACGAGCCAAAGUUUGUGGGUUCAGCACUUAUACGUGACAAUGAUGACCGAGAUGAUGAUAAAAUUUACUUCUUCUUCACUGAGCGGGAGAUGGAUGCUGACGGAAUGAACAAAGCUGUAUACACCCGUAUCGGGCGGGUGUGUGCGAAUGACCAGGGAGGACAGAGAAUGCUGGUAAAUAGAUGGAGCUCCUUCUUGAAAACUCGUCUCAUCUGCUCUGUGGCUGGACAAAAUGGCAUUGACACACACUUUGAUGAUCUUGAGGAUGUAUUUGUGCUCACCAACAAAGAUGACAAAAACCCAGAGAUCUUUGGUCUCUUUAGCACAACAAGUGCUGUGUUUAAAGGCUAUGCAGUGUGCGUCUAUCACAUGGAUGACAUCAGAGCAGCCUUUAACGGUCCAUUUGCCUAUAGAGAGAGACCUGAGCAUCACUGGACACCCUACGAGGACAGAGUCCCCUACCCUCGACCUGGAUCUUGUGCCAGUAAAGUUAACGGUGGAGGCUUUGCCAGCUCCAAGGAGUUUCCUGAUGAGGUUCUGCGUUUUGUCCGAUCUCAUCCUGCCAUGUACCGUCCUGUCCUCCCACAUCACAACAGACCUGUCCUGCUGCAGACCGAGCCGGGCAAAAGAAAACUCACUCAGAUUGCAGUAGACAAAGUCCAAGCCCAGGAUGGACACUACCAUGUUCUCUACAUUGGCACAGAUGACUCUGUGGUUUUGAAAGUUAUCACCAUCCACAAUAAAGACACAGACACGGUGGAGGAAGUCUUGCUGGAGGAACUGCAAGUAUUCAAGGUGCCAGCACCAAUUACAGAGAUCAUAAUAUCACCUAAAAGGCAACAACUAUAUGUGGCCUCAGAAAUGGGUGUCGCCCAGAUCAGACUGCAUCAGUGUGACCUCUAUGGUUCAGAGUGUGCAGAUUGUUGUUUGGCUAGAGACCCAUACUGUGCCUGGGAUGGUCUGACAUGCUCCAGAUACUACCCAGCUGGAGUCUACACCAAGAGCAGAAGGUUCAGGCGACAGGAUGUUCGCCAUGGCAACGCUGUACAGCUGUGCAAUGGGUUGCAAAUUGACGUUGAACAAUGGCAGAGAGCUGAGGAGAGGCGAGUGUACAGUGUUGAGAAAAACAGUACUUUGUUGGAAUGUGUCCCUCGAUCACUUCAAGCCAGAGUCCUCUGGUUCUUACAAAAAGGAGAGGAAAAACAUGAGGUUCGAGGUGAUGAUCGUGUCAUCAUGACCCCCCACGGACUGCUGUUCUUGCAUGUGAGAGACUCCGAUGCUGGCGUGUAUGUGUGCCAGACUGUGGAGCACGGAUAUGUGCACACAUUGUUACGGAUCAGUCUACACGUGCUUAGAGGGGACAGGGUGGAGUCAGCUAUCCACAUGACUGAGGACGGAGAGGGACAGAAAGCUGAAGCUCCAUGCCACUCGGCCAUGGGACCCGGCAUCGGCCCCAGAUCUCUGGUGCCACCCUCGGUGCCAGUCCACAGCUCCCGGCAGUGGUACAAGGAGUUCCUGCAGCUAAUUGGCUAUGGUGAUGCUCAGAAAGUGGAGGAGUACUGCGAGAGAGUGUGGUGCUCUGAUAAGAAACGUAAAAAAGCCAAAAGGAAGUAUGUUCCUCUGAGUAGUGAGAGGAGAGGAAAACGAAAGGGAGAGGAAAACUCCCACAGAGCUCCCAGGCACACCUUUGAUACCUGAGGAGAACAAACUCAGUGCACACACACACACUCACAUACACACGGUGUCUAAAGGUCAGACUCACUCCCCCUUUACAACAUGUAAAAGGUUUUUGUUUUAUCUUUCAACGAGAAGCGCAGCAGAAAAACCGGAGCAGGAUGCCUCGCAGCUGUAGAUCCAUUCAUUGCUUCUGCUCAGAUAAAAAAUCAAGUCUUAUACUUAUCAUUUGGUGCAGCUCUUGGGUGAAAACUAUGAACAUCACUGUCAGUAUGGAGCCAAGACCUCAGCUGGACAGAUGGACAACAGAUUAAGUAACGCUGCCUUUAAUCAGUUCCAUUGAAACCCAACAGUUCCUGUGGACUUACCCAGCCAAAGCCUGCUGUUCAUCACAAAGCACAGAUUGUCUCAGUAAAUCUCUGCUCGACCUCUGUGAAUGGCAGGAUAUCACAAACUCUUACUGUAUAUAUGAUAAAAAAAAUACUAACUCUGGUAUGGUUUUUGGUAUGAUGAUAACUUAUUUUCUCUGCUUCUACUUUGAAUCAUGGCCAAAAGUGGAAAGCCGUAUCGCUCUUUUUGUACAGUGAAAUUUCUUUGAAUUUCUGAUAAUACUGCAAUCACGAAUAACGAUGUGUUGUUACAGCAACCAUGACAAUUAGAGCUAUGGUGUCACUAUUGUGAUAUAUGGAAUAUUUCAGAACAUCGUUAAAGAACAUCGUUACUAUUUAGAGCACUCGCAAAACAUGUUACAGCAGGAAAAAAUGCUCUAUCAGGAAUAUAUAAACAACAUAAUCGCUACUAUUAUGACAGAAGUUGUGAUCAAAUUAACACAAUGUAAAUUGUAUUUAAUCUUCCUCUUGGAUUUCUUUUUGUGCUCCUCAAUAUGUUAUAGCUCUGUAUUCAAAAUAUAUUUCUUUCCACUGGCUAGCCUUUGUUUUUCUUUCUUGCUGUUCCCUCAUUUGCCUCUUAUUCCCUUGGUAUUCCUCCAGCCUCCCCUUGUUUGUUGUCAGUGAUGUUGCAGAUGGGAUUCAUAAUCAUCAUCACAAUAGCAAUGUACGACACCUCAUUUUCCUCAGAAUAAAUAAGUGCUAAUAAGUGGAUGACCAUCCAAGCAUGUCAUUGGCAAAAGUGAGUCUUAUGAAUAUUCAUUUAAUCUUGAGAUGGCAAAAACAGUGAAUGACAGUGUUGUGGGUCCAGUACUCCAAGCCCAGGGAUUGUUUAUGUUUUCAUACCAUGCAUUAUUUAUUUGUUUGUUCAUUUUCACACUUGACUGUUUUGACUGUCUAAACUGUAUUCAUAAUGUGGCACCUCAUCUAUGUCAAGACCUUAUAUCAUCUUCAUUAUAACGCUAUUGUUUUCUUCAGCUAAUACCUUUUAUGAAUGCCUGCUAUGGAAAAAAAAAAAGAACGUCCCAGCUUUCACCUCUGUAGUUUGGCAGAUAAAUGACAAAGUAUGUCUCAAAGUAUGGCACAUACCACACACAUACAUACGUACAGAGUCCAUGUGUAGUAAAAUUGUCAAAUGGAAAUCUUCUGUAAUAAAAACUGUAUUCUAGAAAUUAUGAAACAAAAUAGCUUUCUAAUUUGCAUGUUGCAUAUA